GCUCCAGUUGACAUUGAAACCUAAAAAACGAAAGAAAGACUGGACAGGAGUGCCGGAAGUCCUCAGCACGUGGCACCUUUAACCGGUAGGCCUAAGAGAUGACUGACCGGUGCUUCUGCGCAGAUCUCAGCACAGCACAGAGUUCAUGUUCACGGAAACCAGGCAUUCUUCCGAACACGACUGCGAAUAACUGCAAAGUUCCGUCUCGAACCGGAGCUGUCCGUGGUGGGACAAUUGCAGAAACAGGCUGUGGCGAGUGCUGCUGGAGCUGUUCUGUUGGCCUGCAAAGACAGUGUGUGUUUCCUCUUGGUUUUGUCUCGUUUCUGGUUCUUUUUAUGUCUCUGGAGAUAGUUUUGAAGAUGCUUUCACAAAGUGGUUCUCGUACAUUGUAAAUACAGUGCUUGAAUUUGAUCUUUAAGUGCCUAUUUUCGCUUACCUGAGGCUGAGCAUCUAACGGUUGAGUUGUUAGAAUUUUUGAGAUA